GCACUUUUCAAUCAAUUCUACCGUGAGCUCCGUGAAGUAUGAUUUGUAUUAUGUAGCAUUUUUCAAUUCCGCUAGUCACUGUUGUUCAUGUAUUUUAUCAAACAGUGAAUUAUUAACCUAAACAGUUUUAAGUUGAAGAAGUGUUAAAAUGGCUAAUGCAGAUUUUAGAAAGGAUGUUACAAUGCCAGUUCGUCCCAGGAGCGUUUAUACAGCACAUUCAUAUAAUCAGGAAGAAUCUGAUUUGUCUGCUUUCCAAGACUACAGCAAGUUUCUGGAAGGUGGCUUGGGACAGGCGGAGCUGGUGGGCGCGACCGGCUGGCAGCCGCCGUGGAGGGCGCCACUGCAGCGCAAGGCGCCGUUCUAUCCAGGGGAUGACAUCUACCAUGCCGACACCUGGAGGGAAUUGGAGGUGACUGAUGUGGUUGGAGGCGCCGGUUACAAUGCUUCAGUAACUCCCCAUGGCACUGUCUGCUUGAGACUGAGAGAUCGAGUCAAGGUGGAUAUGACAAUCGACGGAGCAGUGCGCGUGACCAACGCCAAGAACAAUAUAAUUCUCGCGCUGUCUCGGUCGGGAGCAGCCGCCGCGCUCAUUCAUCCCAACGGACGAGUCUACCACUACGGCUCCCGCGUCGAGAUACAAGCCCGACACGUGCAGGGGAACAACAAGUACGCGAAGAUGUGGUACAAGGGAGUUUCGUUCACUGCGGAACAGUGUGCGCUGGUGUAUUUGGUAGACGCUGCGGGCACUCGGACCACAACGGACACCUUCCUCGACAUGAGCCAAGACUUCACGCUCAACGUGUUCUACAACGAGUCUCGCCAUGGUCCGUCAUACGUGAACGAGGCUCUGUCGCUGCUGCAGGCUGCGCAGUACUGGCUGACGGACGACGGAAUCGACAACUGGAUCAUCAACAACGUCCGCGUCAGCCAGACCGCCGACGGACUGGUUAGAAUCCAUCGCUGUAGCCACAAGUACCAGCUGCGCACGAGCCCCAGCAACGGGUCCGCGUCCAUCACCAGCCCGUUUCUGCAUUGCACCGCCUCUCUCGGACAGACGCAGCACUUGUUUGUCAGACGUGGCGAGAGGCGGAUGCAUUUCGACGGCAACUCAUUCAUAGUUCGCAACGCGGGCCACUCAGCCGGCUUCGACGACAAGAACCAGCUAAAGGUGUAUUGAACAUUGCAUGUUGGCAGCUGCCGUACAUUAAUUAUUAGUGACGCUGGUUGCUGACUCGGAGAAAGAAAAUUGGGGAAUUUUAUUUAUAUUUUAUUUAUAUUAAACAUUCCAGACUGUUAGACAGCAGUCCUAGUACAACUUUCUAGCUCCUAGUCAACAUCAGCAUUAGUACAUAUCUACUCAUAUAAACAAUAACCCAGUCCUUUCGGUAUGUCGUGUGGAAGUAGAAGCCAUUUUAAACUUCUGAGCUGGUUACUUCCAGAGUUCCAGAAUAUUUCCUGUCUGAAUCUCUUUGAUGGUUAACGUUAGAUGUCUAUUGACAUGUCUGGAGGUUAUAUAAUUCCUUGUUCUUACCUGUUUUCGGGUUUGACAGGAAUGACGAAAUUUGGUUAUAUUUAGGUAAUUUAUUGAUGAUUUUUUUAUAGUUGUUUCUCGUUAUAUGUUAUGGAUUAUCUAAAUAAUAACCCGUGAUAUUGAGAAUAUAUAUAUUUAGUUAAUCAAAUUGCUUUAGACAGAUGAACGUUGGUCUAAGCUCUGGUCUAACGUAGCCGGCUCUCCAUUCGCAUCUUCUGAAGUUGCCAAUAACUAUCUAAUAAUACUAGCAUAUUCUUAAUUUUCAUUAGAUUUGUAUGAAACAUAGGCCGAGUCGCAUUAAAUUGAAUGGUGAAAUAUUUUUAUUUAAUAUACGCUAGUGUGUAAAGCUUGUAUAAUAUAGUUUUUGAUAAUUUUAAUUUCCAUAUUCUCUGUACGGCUGCCAAGUUUUAGUAUUUUUUAUGAACUUCGGCUCGAGUCAUUGAGAUAGUAAUUAAGAUUACAGUUUCAUGAUCAAGUGUGAGAUCACCUCCGACUCUGACUGCAUCUUAUAUAUUUGUUUUGUGUUUGUAUUUUGAACAGUUAAGUACUUAACUAGAGAGCCCAGUGUUGAUCGCAUCUGUUUUUUUUUAUUCCUGUAUAGUUCUCAGAAUUUUAGCUCGUACUAUGCGCAUGUGCUUAAAUAGGUAACAGUGCAUUUAAAAACAUAUCACCCAGUGAUGAUAAGUGGACCGUUCAAACUAGAAUGCACUUUGUAAGCGCAUGAAUCCAGACCCAUUAGCGACGCUAACUAUAUCGCGUCCUUGAUACUUCAGUAUGAAUUAUUCAAACUGUUUAUAUCAUGUUUUGAAGAGUAUCUAUUAUAAUCGUUUGUAUAUGCCGUUGAGUCGAAUUUCAUGCUUGGCAGUUCUCGUAUUUUCAUCUCAUCUAAUAUUUCGGCGGUACGACUCGCCAAAAUGUUUCUUUUCUUUAUCUAUUAAAACGUCAAGUAUGAUUUGUUAUUAAAUAAAAAAAUACUGAUUUAUAA